UGACGAAGGCAUGCGGCUAGGCCAAGACAGUCCGCAUGCAGCAAUUAAUUUAUCGCCAGUGUCUUCGGUCUGGUUUUGUAUAUUAAUCAAUGCCAGGGGUAACCUGACAUUUAUUCAUUUUCGAAUAUCGACGUUUGCUUAACUGUCGGGAAUACGCCGUCGGCGCAAUGGAGUCAUCAGCAUCUAGCGCCUGUCAAACGGACCAAGCAUCGGCUGUCGACGAUAUUCCUCUAGCUGCACCUGGUCAGAAUCCUGAAAAGGACCCUGAGAAUGGCGAUGGAUCGAAAAAUGCCAAGGCCAUCAGUUUCUUUCACCCGACUUUAAAGGAUACCCGAAUACGAGCCUACCGGCUAUGGGCGGUAACAGUUCUGGCUUUGGGAGUAUUUAUCAUCGCGGUGUUGUCGCUGUACUGGGGUGUUUUAUAUGCAGUCUAUGAUCGGUUACCUAAUAUCACCGUCUGGAUAGUCGAUUUCGAUGCAAAAACCGCUCCAUACGAUACAAUAACACCUAUAAUUGGUCCCUUCAUAACGAAAGAGUUUUCUCAGCUGAAGCCAGCGCUGGUAGAUAAUCUGGGAUGGACAAUAAAGCCGGCUAAUGAAUUCGACAAUGAUCCCAUGAGGGUCCGUCAGGGAGUGUACUAUGAGAAGGCGCACGCUGCAAUUAUAAUCAAUUCUAAUGCAACUGCACUUCUCAAAGCUGCCGUGAAUCAAGGAAAUUCGUCCUACGAUCCUACUGGGGCUGCCCAGGUGAUAUAUAAUACCGCGCGCGACCAGACAACUCUGACAACUUAUAUUCUCCCGGCUUUAUUGGACACGCUAUUUCCUAUAUUAAGCCAUUUCGGAGCCCAAUGGGCCUCAAUGCUGGAUCGCAAUUCGUCGACGCAAAAUGUGUUCCGCACUCCUCAGGCAGUAAAUCCUGCUAUUGGGUUCUCCUUUAUUGAUCUACGCCCAUUUAACCCUCCUACCGCCACUCCAUCGAUAUCCAUUGGCCUUAUAUAUCUGAUCAUCAUUUCAUUCUUCAGUUUCUCCUUUCUAAUGCCAAUCCAUGGUCUCUUCAUACAGCCAAGAGGUCACCCGCCUGUGCGGACAUGGCACCUCUUCACAUGGCGCAUUUUCUCCAGUAUCAUGGCUUACUUUUUUCUCGCUUUGUGCUAUUCUCUUAUUUCCCUCGCAUUCCAAAUUCCCUUCUCCAACAACCCCGCUCCUACUAAUGUCGGGGCUAUGAAUCCGAAUGCAUACGGCAAAGGUUCCUUUGUUGUGUACUGGAUGCUAAAUUUCGUCGGAAUGGGAGCUCUAGGCCUGCCAUGCGAAAACAUGGCCAUGAUACUUGGUCAGCCAUACUCCUCGUUGUGGCUGAUUUUAUGGGUGAUCACAAAUGUUGCAACGUCAUUUUACACUCUGGACCUUGCAUCGGACUUUUAUCACUGGGGCCGUGCGUGGCCUUUGAAUCGAAUCGUGAAUGGUUCUCGGACCAUCUUGUUUGAUACUAGAUCGACAAUCGGGAUAGACUUUGGGGUUCUGUUCGCUUGGGUUGCAGUGUCAAUCAUUAUUUUCCCAUUUGCCGACUACAUCAUGAAGUGGAGAUUAUCAAGACAGGUAAAACAGGACAAAAAGUAGCGCUCUUAAUGUCAAACACAAUUGGUAUAUAGUAAACCAAUUGCAUAACACUUUUACCUAUAAUGUAAUUAACUGCUCACGUAGUAUUUAUAUUGCACUUAGCUAGUAAAUUGAAG